GAAAACAAACACCUUCUUAUGCACCAGAAGAGUCACACAAGUGAGCGUCCCCAUGUAUGCUCCGAGUGUGGAAAACGUUUCGUCCAGAGAGGAGACCUUCUUCGUCACCAGAGAAUUCACACGGGUGAGCGUCCUUUUUUAUGUACAGAGUGCGGGAAAUCCUUCUCUGAGAAAAAAGUACUUCUCACACACCAGAAAAGUCAUACGGGAGAGCGGCCAUUUUCAUGUUCGGAGUGCGGAAAAUGUUUCAUUUUGAAAAACGCACUCGUCAGACACCAGAGGAUUCACACUGGAGAGCGUCCUUUCUCGUGUUCAUACUGCGGGAAAUCUUUUAUUCAAAAAGGAGACCUUAUUAAACACCAGAGAAUUCACACGGGCGAGCGUCCCUAUUCGUGUCCAGAGUGCGGGAAAUCUUUCAUUGAGAAAGGGAAACUUCUCACACACCAAAGAAGACACAGGGGCGAGCGUCCUUUUUCCUGUUCAGAGUGCGGGAAAUGUUAUACUGAAAAGGCAAAACUUCUUGCACACCAGCGAAUUCACACGGGUGAGAGUCCUUAUUCAUGCUCAGAGUGUGGGAAAUUUUUCAUUCAGAAAUCAGAUCUUCUUAAACACCACAGAAUACACACUGGAGAACGCCCUUUCUUAUGUUCGGAUUGUGGGAAAUGCUUUACCGAAAAAGGCGCACUUCUUAUACACCAGAGAAUUCACACAGGCGAGCGACCUUUCUUAUGUGCAGACUGUGGGAAAAGUUUCGACCAGAGAGCAGAACUUCUUCAACACCAGAGAAUUCACACGGGUGAGCGUCCUUAUUCAUGUUCAGAGUGCGGGAAAUCUUUCUAUUUACAAAAGUUACUUCUCAGGCACCAGAAAAAUCAUACGGGAGAGCGGCCGUUUUCCUGUUCAGAGUGCGGAAAAAGUUUCAUUAUGAAAAACGCAUUCGUCAGACACCAGAAGAUUCACACGGGAGAGCGUCCUUUCUCGUGUUCAUACUGCGGGAAAACUUUUAUUCGAAAAGGAGACCUUAUUAGCCACGAGAGAAUUCACACAGGCGAGUGUCCCUAUUCGUGUUCAGAGUGCGGGAAAUCUUUCACUCAGAAAGGGAAACUUAUCGCACACCAGAGAAGACACACGGGUGAGCGUCCUUUUUCCUGUUCAGAGUGUGGGAAACGUUUCAUUGAGAAAUCAGAUCUUCUUAGACACCAUAGAAUACACACUGGCGAACGCCCUUUCUUAUGUUCAGAUUGCGGGAAAUGCUUUGCCGCAAAAGCCACACUUCUUGCACACCAGAGACUUCACACAGGCGAGUGACCUUUCUUAUGUUCGGACUGUGGGGAAAGUUUCCGUCACAAGAAGGCAAUGAUUACGCACCAGAAAAGUCACACGCCAGAGGGUC